UGGUUUUUUAUCUACUUUCUAGGCCUUUGAUUGUUAUUGGAGGCUCUUCUGACAGAAAUCAGGAAACCAUGGGAGCUUUCCAAGAAUUCCCACAGGUUGAGGCUGGUAGGCUGUACAACAAGCUGUCUGUCCGCCCAAGCAGCCUAGUUGCUGUUAUUGAAAAGGCUGUAAGAACCAGCAUAUAUGGUCGUCCAGGUUCCUGCUAUAUUGACAUACCCGGGGAUUUUGUGAAUCUUCAGGUGAACAAGAGCUCUGUCAAGUAUGUGGAGUGCUGCCUGCCACCUCCCAUCAGCACAGCUGAACACUCUGCUGUAUCCGAAGCAGCGUCUGUCAUUGCUCAUUCCAAGCAGCCUCUGCUCAUCAUUGGCAAAGGUGCUGCUUAUUCACAUGCUGAAAAUAACAUCAGAAAGUUGGUGGACCUUUGUGGACUGCCUUUUUUGCCUACACCAAUGGCAAAAGGAGUAGUUCCUGAUAACCAUCCAAACUGUGUAGCUGCAGCAAGAUCAACAGCAUUACAGCAUGCUGAUGUAAUCAUCUUGCUUGGUGCAAGGUUGAAUUGGAUUUUGCAUUUUGGUCUUCCACCAAGGUUUCGACAAGAUGUAAAGGUUAUUCAGAUUGAUAUUUGUGCAGAAGAGCUGGGGAAUAAUGUGAGGCCAGCUGCAAUUUUAUUAGGUGACAUAAACGCCGUGACUAAGCAGCUCUUGGAAGAAUUCAGCAAAAGACCAUUGAAACAUCCAUCUAAUUCAGAGUGGUGGAAGAGGCUAAGACAGAAAAUAAUGCACAAUGAGGAAAGAUCAAAGGGAUUAGCAUUACAGAAAUCCCUGCCUAUGAAUUAUUACACAGUCUUUCAUCACAUCAGAGAACUGAUCCCCAAGGACUGCAUAUUAGUAAGUGAGGGAGCAAACACCAUGGACAUUGGACGAACCAUGCUUCCAAAUUACUAUCCCCGUCAAAGGCUUGAUGCAGGUACUUUUGGAACAAUGGGAGUUGGACUGGGUUUUGCUAUAGCAGCUGCAAUGGUAGCUAAAGACAGAACACCUGAAAAGCAAGUCAUCUGCAUAGAGGGAGAUAGUGCUUUUGGAUUUUCUGGGAUGGAGGUGGAGACUAUUUGCAGAUACAAUUUGCCAAUCCUGAUUAUCGUAGUAAACAACAAUGGGAUUUACACUGGUUUGGAUGCAGAUGCCUGGAAGGAGAUGUUAAAGUUUGGAGAUCCUGCUACCUGUGCGCCUCCUGUUUCUCUCCUGCCAAAUUCACACUAUGAGAAAAUUAUGUCUGCCUUUGGAGGUAAAGGAUACUUUGUUAAAACGCCAGAAGAAUUGCAGAAUGCUCUGAAAGCAAGCAGGACUGACAAGCAAACACCUUCUCUUAUAAAUGUAAUGAUUGAUCCACAGUCUGAGAGAAAGAAGCAGGAAUUUCCCUGGCUGACUCGUUCUAACCUAUAG